AUGUCACAUUCAAACGUUACUAAAGAAAUGUCUGGCGCUGAUGUCAACUCCGAAGGCAAACCAUAUCAUGAGCAUGGUGAUAAGAUCGAAAAGAAGAAACAUGAAGUAAGUCAUGAUCCCGAUGCAAAAUAUCCAGCACCACAUCAUGGUCAUGAUAAUCAGUUUCACAAAGUCAGUAGAAUGGUCAAACAAUUUGAUUUAUAA